AUUGUUCACAUCUGUGACAAUAAGUAUAUUUACAAAACAAUAUGACUAUAAUAUAUUUAUUGCACUCCAAAUACCUCUUCACGCUUAAACGUACACGUACAUUUGCUUGCAAGCAGUGCGGCGUGCAGCAGGAAUGUACGAGAAUAAAGUUGAAGGAGAGGUUAUUUUUUAGUAAAAAUGGAAUAUUUUAGUAUUGUACUGAUCAUUAGUGAUAUAUUUGUUACUAUAAACAGUGAAUUAAAUCAGGUCAAUGUUGCUGAAAAUAGCUCAUUUAAUGUGAUGUGGGAUAACUCACAGCCGAAAAUGACGAUUGUUACUGGUAAAGAUUUGGACAACGAGUUGUACAAAACUGGCGACACGAAAAACUUGACUGUAGAUGAAAGAUCUUUAGUUCUUUUGAACAAAAAAAUUAAAACAAAAUCGUUAUUUAGACAAAUGAAGGUACCUUUUCCAUACGCAAAGUUAAUACUAAAAAACCAUUUGCUCAAUAUAGAAAAUAUGCUAGUGGAAGGACAAACCAAAAAGUAUUGUAACAAUUUCAUUGAUAAGCAGAUAUUAGAUGACGAAUAUAACACAAUAGUUCACAAAGUACAGAAAGACAAUUACAGUGCUAACGAAAAACAUGACGAUUCUCAAAGCGAUACGAAUCUGCGAAAAUAUGGAUAUAUUCCAGAGAUAGAAAAAUUAAUAAAGAAACCCUUAAGUCAUUUCAAUAAAACAUGUGAAAGUAAAAACUUGACAGUCCUUCAGAACUAAUAAUUACAAAGUGAACUAAUUAUCAAAA